AGUCCUGCUUUCCUUAUCGCUAAUCUUGUCCCAGCAAUUGAGUGGCCGGCACCGCUGCUGGAUUCAAACACAGUUUGUAUUUGUAGUGCGACUGCAGUGACUCAUUGAAACAUCAUUAUCUGUCAUAAUACCGCAUCUGUUUCUCGCAUACACACACACACACACACGCGCUCACAACGGAGGUAAAGUCGGUGCCGUGAAGGCAUCAUCUCACUCGUGCUUUCUCAUUUCGGAUAUGAACAGCAAGGAAGAAUUGGACGUGGAUUUACACGCACGUUUGUCUGGACCCACAGACGGGAGUUAAGACGUCUGAGGCGUUCAUCAAACUGGAGCUAAGGUGUCUAGAGCUUUUCCUGUGUGGAUGUUAGGACCCGAGCUUCAACAACUGAUAUUCAUCUGAAUUCUCAGGAUGGGGAAUUCUGAGAAAGUCGCAAUAUUUGGCCAUAUUUUGCAACUUUCAGCUUGAGGAAGAGAAAUAAGUAAGCUGCGGUGAGGAACCUGUGGGUGGACUUCAACCAUGGCCGACCAGGCUCAGCACAGCAGGAGCGUGUCAGCUCGUCGAGGCCCCUCAUGGAUGUAUCCUACCUUGGCUUUUUUGCUGCUUUGGAUCGUGCUUAUGUCCGUUUGUGUGGUUGGAAUCCAAGGUCAGCAUUACCCGGUAGUCACCACCAACUACGGGAAGUUACGGGGUGUGAAAGUCACACUACCCAAUGAGAUCCUCGGACCGGUGGAACAGUAUCUGGGGAUUCCGUAUGCAUUGGCUCCAACUGGGGAACGGAGAUUCCAGGCACCGGAACCACCCAUGUCUUGGCCCGGCAUCAGGAAUGCUACUCAUUUUGCUCCAGUUUGCCCCCAGUUUUUGGAAGAUCGCUUCUUACACAGCGAUAUGCUACCGGUGUGGUUCACGGCUAACUUGGAUACGGUGGUAACGUACGUGCAAGACCAGAGCGAGGACUGCCUGUACCUGAACGUCUAUGUCCCCACCGAGAAUGGAGCAAAUUCUCACAGAAAAGAUGCAGAAUUCAGCAGUAAUGAUGGUGGCAGUGAUCAAGAUAUCCACGACGAGAACGGGCUAAAGCCGGUCAUGGUUUACAUUCACGGCGGCUCCUUCAUGGAGGGUACCGGCAACAUGAUUGAUGGCAGCAUCCUUUCCAGCUACGGCAACGUCAUUGUCAUCACAAUCAACUAUCGUCUCGGGGUUCUGGGGUUUCUGAGCACCGGAGACCAGGCAGCCAAGGGCAACUAUGGCCUGCUGGAUCAAAUCCAGGCUCUCAGAUGGAUCAAGGAAAACAUCCAGGCCUUCAAAGGAGACCCGAAGCGAGUGACCAUUUUUGGCUCUGGUGCUGGGGCGUCCUGUGUCAGCCUGCUGACCCUCUCGCAUUACUCUGAAGAUAUGUUCCAGAAAGCCAUCAUUCAGAGCGGCACAGCACUCUCCAGCUGGGCAGUCAACUACCAACCGGCUAAGUACACUCGAGCCCUGGCAGAGAAGGUGGGCUGCAACGUUCUGGACUCCAUUGACUUGGUGCAGUGCCUGCAGAACAAGAACUACAAGGAGCUGAUUGAGCAAUAUGUGACGCCGGCGAAGUACCACAUUGCUUUCGGUCCUGUGAUUGACGGCGACGUGAUCCCUGAUGACCCCCAGAUCCUCAUGGAGCAAGGCGAGUUCCUCAACUACGACAUUAUGCUAGGCGUCAAUCAAGGCGAGGGAUUUAAGUUCGUGGAUGGGAUCGUGGACAGCGAGGACGGCGUCUCGGCUAAUGAUUUCGACUUUGCCGUGUCCGACUUUGUGGACCACUUAUACGGCUACCCCGAGGGCAAGGACACUCUACGUGAGACAAUCAAGUUCAUGUACACCGACUGGGCAGACAAGGAGAAUCCAGAGACACGACGCAAAACCCUUGUGGCGCUGUUCACGGACCACCAGUGGGUGGCGCCAGCGGUGGCUACAGCUGAUCUCCACGCCCAAUAUGGCUCCCCGACUUACUUUUAUGCUUUUUACCAUCACUGCCAAAGCGACAUGAAGCCCAGCUGGUCCGACUCUGCUCACGGUGACGAAGUCCCUUAUGUUUUUGGGAUUCCGAUGAUUGGCCCGACGGAGCUCUUCAACUGUAAUUUCUCCAAGAACGAUGUGAUGCUGAGCGCUGUUGUCAUGACCUACUGGACUAAUUUUGCCAAAACAGGGGACCCAAAUCAGCCAGUUCCACAGGAUACGAAGUUCAUUCACACAAAACCCAACAGGUUCGAGGAGGUCGCCUGGACAAAGUACAACCCCAAAGACCAGCUCUACCUUCAUAUUGGUCUCAAACCCCGAGUCCGAGACCACUACCGAGCGACCAAGGUUGCCUUUUGGCUGGAACUGGUGCCGCAUCUCCACAACAUCAAUGAAUUUUUCCAGUACGUUUCAACCACCACGAAAAUACCGCCGCAAGACACAACGCCGUACCCUUACACCAAGCGAUUCCCGAACAAAAACAACUGGCCGUCCACUACGCGCCAUCCGGGUUUGCCGUCCACCAACACCAAGCAUACGACGGAUCGGCGUAAAAGCGGCGACUUCGCUGAGGAGUCCACAGUAGUGAUCGAGACCAAGCGGGACUACUCCACUGAGUUAAGCGUCACCAUCGCUGUGGGAGCCUCCCUUCUGUUCUUGAACAUCCUAGCCUUUGCCGCAUUGUACUACAAGAAAGACAAGCGACGGGCUGACUCAAGCCGCCACGUUCCCACCCCGCAACGCAACUCAACGCCGGCCAACGCGCCCUCUGUCGCCAACGACAUGGCCCACCUGCAGAGCGAGGAGCUGAUGUCACUGCAGAUGAAGCAGCUGGAGCACGAGCACCACCGCGAGUGCGAGUCGGUGCAAGCGCACGAUACGCUUCACCUGGCUUGCCCGCCCGACUACACGCUCACGCUACGACGCUCUCCGGACGACGUACCGCUCAUGACACCCAGCACCAUCACCAUGAUCCCCAACUCGUUGGCUGGCAUGCAGCCUCUGCACAACUUCAAUACUUUUGGAGGCAGCCAGAACAGUACCAGCCUUCCGCACGGACACUCCACGACACGGGUAUAGCUCCGUUGGGAUUGGACCGGAUUCCAACCUUGAAGCAAGAACUGAUUUUGGGUAAAGGCAAACGGAAGUAAUGAAGCACAGACUCCAAAGUUCAAACAGAUAUUAUUUUGCUACGCUGCCUUCUUGAAGUAUAUAUGGUAUCAAUUGAUGUCUUUUUAUCAUAGAAAAUAUCAAUUGUGAAUGUUCUAGAGUAAAAACUACGUGGAGCUAAGCUUCAUGGACUUUUUCAGAGUUUUACCAAAAGAAAAACCCAAGCAGUAACUGACUGUCGCUAUGGAUCUUAUACGAAACAACAAGGACAUGAUUCAUUCGAAAUGGGGCCGCAUACUAAAAAAAAAAUCAAAGCAUGUGGGGCGCAGUUUCAUGUUUUUCAUUUUGUGAAAAAUUAUCAGAAUAAUCCACUUUGCUAAGAACUUAAAUACUGGUGGUCCUCAGUUUAGGAUGUUUCUAUGUAUGGCAUUUUGGUUAGCGGCGUUUUGGUUUACAACAUUUUCCUGUUUCCGGUUUCCUGUCCGAUCCAAUACUGAGUCAAAUUCAGGCUGGUAUCAGCAAUAUCGAUACAGAUAAUAUCGAUACAGACACAAAUAUAUACAGUGUAUGAUGUUUCUAUGUAUGGCAUUUGCUGCGUUUUGGUUUACAACAUUCCGAUUUAUGACUUUUCUGUUUACGACCGAGUGAUGUGUGAUACCACUGGUUUCCUGUCCGAUCCAAUACUAAAUCACAUUCAGGCUGGUAUCAGCAAUAUCGAUACAGACACAAAUAUAUACAGUGUAUGAUGUUUCUAUGUAUGGCAUUUUGGUUUGCGGCGUUUUGGUUUACAACCUUCCGAUUUAUGACUUUUGUGUUUACGACCGAGUGAUGUGUGAUACCACCGGUUUCCUGUCCGAUCCAAUACUGAAUCAAAUUCAGGCAGGUAUCAGCAAUAUCGAUACAGAUAAUAUCGAUACAGACACAAAUAUAUACAAAUAUACAGUGUAUGAUGUUUCUAUGUAUGGCAUUUUGGUUAGCGGCGUUUUGGUUUACAACAUUUUUCUGUUUCCGGUUUCCUGUCCGAUCCAAUACUGAAUCAAAUUCAGGCUGGUAGCAGCAAUAUCGAUACAGACACAAAUAUAUACAAAUAUACAGUUUAUGAUGUUUCUAUGUAUGGCAUUUUGGUUAGCGCCGUUUCGGUUUACAAGAUUCCGAUUUAUGACUUUUGUGUUUACGACCGAGUGAUGUGUGAUACCAUCGGUUUCCUGUUCGAUCCAAUACUGAAUCAAAUUCAGGCUGGUAUCAGCAAUAUCGCUAUAGACAAUAUCGAUACAGACACAAAUACACACAAAUAUACAGUAUAUGAUGUUUCUAUGUAUGGCAUUUUGGUUAGCGGCGUUUCGGUUUACAACAUUCCGAUUUAUGACUUUUAUGUUCACGACUGAGUGAUGUGUGAUACCACCAGUUUCCUGUCCGAUCCAAUACUGAGUCAAAUUCAGGCUGGUAUCAGCAAUAUCGAUACAGACACAAAUAUAUACAAGUAUACAGUGUAUGAUGUUUCUAUGUAUGGUAUUUUGGUUAGCAGCGUUUCGGUUUACAACAUUUUCCUGUUUCCGGUUUCCUGUCCGAUCCAAUGCUGAAUCAAAUUCAAGCUGGUAUCAGCAAUAUCGAUACAGACAAUAUCGAUACAGACACAAAUAUAUACAAAUAUACAGUGUAUGAUGUUUCUAUGUAUGGCAUUUUGGUUAGAGGCGUUUUGGUUUACAACAUUCCGAUUUAUGACUUUUGAAUUUACGACCGAGUGAUGUGUGAUACCACCAGUUUCAUGUCCGAUCCAAUACUGAGUCAAAUUCAGGCUGGUAUCAGCAAUAUUUAUUGCAUUUUGGUUAGCGGCGUUUUGGUUUACAACAUUUUAAUUUAUGACUUUUGUGUGUCCAUAUUUUGAUUUGCAAAUCGAUUUUAGAGCAUAAAAAUUCAUCAGUAUCGAUAAUUCAGUAUUGAUCACACAUUACUAUGACCAACACUCUGCCAUAAAUUUAUUUCAAACAUUUUAAAACAUAACAUUCACUGGAGAAAUAGUUGCAGCAACACACUGAGGAAGAAUAACAUUGUAUAUAUAUAUAUAUAUAUAUAUAUAUAUAUAUAUAUAUAUAUAUGUAUGUAUGUAUGUAUACUCAUUGAAGUGUAUAUAUAUGAGUUAUGGAUUCUGUACACUCUCACAAGAAGAUCUGAGAGGGAGAAUAUGGGAAAAUAUUUUAAGAAGGUAGAAAAUCCUGCAAGACAACCACAGGCAUAAAAGUAAGUCAUUGAUCCUUUCUUAUCCAUCCAACCAUUUUCUUCGGUUUGGGUCUCGGGGGCACCGGUCUCAGUCGGGAAAUCCACCAGGACUUCCACCAGGAGGACUCCCAGGCUAGCUGUGGGACAUAAUCCCAACUGGCCGAAAACCACAAUGUUCCUACUGAAGCCGAGAUAAAACUAUCCGGGAAAUUUAUACUAUUUCUUAUGGGAAGAAUUGACUGGGUUAAAGUACGUUUUGGUUAGAGUGGAGCAGAUUAACAACACUAACCAAGGUUCCACUAUAUUUCACAUAUAGUAAUUUUUUUUAUUAGUAGUGGUAUUAUUACAACAUUCUAAUUUGUUUUUUCACAUUUUAAUCUAUACUGCUACUAUACUAGGGGUCUCAAACUUUGGGGUGAAGCCGGGCCGCAUCAGGUUUAAAAAAAAAACAAAAAACAAAACGCAUUUAUUAAAAACUGGAAAAAAAAAUCUAUAAAAAAAUAUAUAUUCAAUGCUUUUGCUUCUGCUAUACCCUACACUUUUUCAGUACUUUGGUUGCGGUUUUCCACACCAAAAUAUCUGAUAAAACAUUCCACUGUUCUCAAUUAUCUUAAUUUUUAUUUUUCUAUACACAAAAUAAGAUUAAAAAAUAAAUAAAAAAAUAAGAAUAAAGACAAUAAAUCAAUCAUCAGUAAUAAAUAAGUAAAAUAAUAAUAAAACAGCAAAUAAGAAAAACGUAAGAAACCACAUACAGUUGGUAGAGAAAUUAUUUUUUUCAGAUUCAAAUGUACAUUAUUAACAGUUAUUUAACCUUAACAUGAACAUUAAUGAAACUUAAUAAUUUGACCCAAUUAGCAAGUUAGCAUCGUACUCAGUUCCAUCUGGGAGCAGCGUCGUAACUUUAACACCAUGUUUGAUGAGAUGCAUGUAUUUGUACCCAGCAUCAUAAGCCUUUAGCUUCAUUGCUAAUCCAAAGCAAAACAGGGCGGGGUAACAGGGUAGGGUAACAGUAUGGGCGGGGCAAAAUCAUAUUAAUUGUGUCCGGUGUGCACACAGCUUUAAGCUGUCAUUUCAACAUUAAACUUUGUUGUCAAAGUGGGGGCCUCGAACUAGCGUCUCGCGGGCCGCAUUUGGCCCAUGGGCCGCGAGUUUGAGACCCCUGCUUUAUGUGUUCUGUGUACAAUGUGAGUGACGUAGAAGUUUAUUUUGGUGAUGGUUCCAAUUUACAAUAAAACUUGCCUUAUAUCAGCAUCUCGGAACGAAACUCCUUUGUAUCCUGAGGACCACCAGUGUAUUUAAACAUUUUUUUUUUCAAUAAUGAAACAUUAAUUGGACACCCCUGCUUUCGUAGGUACAGAAUAUUACUGAAUUAAUGCGGAGAUAAUAAAGAAAAAAUAUAUGUGGAAAUUAAAAAGAAACUUUGUUCAAUUGCUAUUUUAUUUGGACUAUUUUAUUUUAUUCUGAGCUUUCUACUGAGGUGUAAAUACUGUAUAUCUAAACAUUUGUUCCCCCACCCUUAUGCCCCCUCCCUUUUUUUUCCAGUACAACCAAAAGAAAAGGAUAAGAAAAGGACAAGAUGUAACAUAUUGUUAUGUAGUUUGUGAGAUUCUUUCGAGGUGGCAAAACAUGAAGAACUUAAGUCAUCUCAAUUCCAUACUUCUGUCGGAAAAUCGGGAUAUGAUGUAAUCAUCUGGCAGCCGGUGUUGCUUCCAGAAUUUUUUUUUUUUGUCUUUUUUUUCCUUGUUUUUUUUUUCUGUCUCUGCCUACCAUGUGGUGCAAAAUGCAUCAUAACAGACUUUGUUUAAAAAAAAAAAAGCAGUACUAAUAUUAAUUUUAAUGGAAUAAAUGUUGGGAUAUUUGUUAAUAUACAGUAUUUGAAGUUGCAUUCAUAUGCUAGCAAUAUGUAAAAUAUUGUGUCAGGCUUGUGAUAUAUUUUGGGUGACCAAGCAAGUGAAUGAAUGUAAAUAUUCAUGAUAUUUAAUAAUAUGAAAUGAAAUCGCUAUAUUCAUUUUUUUGCAUCUGUUAUGAUACAAGUGGGAAGAAAUAUUUGCUCAAUUUAAUUCUAUAUAAAAAAAAAACUUGAAAAUAUCUUUGAGCACCUUUGGAAAUGAUGAGUUUAUGAUGUUUGUUUUGCUGUUUUGCCUUAAGUGAUAAUAGAGAUAUUUCGGGCUGAACACAAUCUUUUUUAAUAAAAUAUCAAAGUAUUUUCUAUAAAGAGUGUAAAAACAACUUGAAAAGCCUG